CUUCAUGGGAAGUGAUUUAUGCUUUGAAUAAUUUUUCUCUCAUAACUAGUAAACUGCCUUCGGUUUAUUAACAGCAGGGAAAUUGCACGUUAAAAAAUAAUCUUUCAGCAUUUUUGCGAAAACCCUAUAUAAGGCAAAAAGCAUGGAAAUUCUGACUUUGUUGCUACUUAUCACUUCCGCAUCUAAUGAAAAGCUCGUGAAAUCUGCACCUAAAAGGACUUGUUCUUACUACAUCUAUCUCUAAAAACAAAUGUGACGUAUAAAGCCUUUGGUCCCCAUGAUCAGCCGGAACUAUUCUCCUAUCUGAGGCGAGUGAAAGCUAAACACAUCUUCGUCUGUUUGGCUUGCAGUCUCCAAACACUCUUACCGUAACUUCAAUAGACAUUACACAUCCGAACAAUAACUUGUACGAACCGUCUUAAAAGCAAAUGCAUCAGGAAAAGUGAAUAAGGCAGCCCAGCCGAUUAUAGCUCCCUCUAUCCCAGUGUGAAAUAUCCGCGAUAACCGCGCUAUUGUUUUACCGGCAGAGUGAGCCACAGCAGGUGUCAAGGCUAUAAGAAAUCUCCACAAACAGCGUUUGCACGACCUCCCGAAACUCUAAGCCUGAUCUUUAACGUUUAUAAACACUUGGAACAGAGUCUUAAACUAUUUAUUCAGGGGACGGUGAGCAAUAUUUGUGGUAAUCUGGUGAAGCCUUAAAAAGAGUCUUCCUUAGUAGAUUAUCUAAGGGUUAAGAAUUAUCUAUAUGGUGUACAAUUUGGAUUUUGUCCCGCCCGAAAGACUUGGUUUGAUAGCCUUGGCUGAAGAUGAAUCCAAAAGGUGAAAAAAAUAUUUUAAAAAUAGUAUUUUAUACUUUUGAUUUUUAAAGAAAAAAAGUUAUCUAGUUUAUUUGCUCAAAUACUAAAGAUAUCCUUGUGAUUAAUUUGUUUUUUGUUAGCCCGGAAGCAUUUAUGGUGAGGGCAAUAUUCUAACUGAACUCAGAGCGGCCGGCACGGUCGAAACAUCAUCAACUAAUACACUCUUAUAGGGGGCCUUAAUGAAAAGCUCCCUUUGAAGUAAAGCACAACAAAUAAAGCAUUUACGUGUUUGGGUUUCACUCGGUCAAUAUCUGUCCAAGUAGAAACAGCCUCAUGCGCCCAUAAGUAUUAUGAUUUCUUUUUUUGAAAAUGCAAAUCACCCAGGCGCGCGGGCACACUGGUGCCGAGUUUCUAGAAGGUGCAGCAAUAUAGUGCAAAGUGCGUAUCAAUCGUGAUAGUAAGUCAGUCUAAUAUGGCGAUACUAUCGGCAGGCGAUUUGUGCUAUCCAGGCGAGGAUCUAGCUCGACUUAAAAGCCUGUUCUCCCGCUCAAAUCGAUAGAGAUAUUCGGCACAUCACAGCGGCGGCGCUGCGUCAACGAAACACGUCCAAAUUUCUGCCCUCUAGCCAAAUCACAUCGAUGAAAACGUGAAGCGAAAAACCCAGCGGUACUCUGAUCGGCAGGGAAAUAACGAAAGUGAAUUGGGCGUAUGGAGAGCAAGCGUGCCUAACAGCAGGUCUAAGUGAGAUAAGUCCACAGAUCCGGUCCUUCGAUGUACGCCCACAUCUCAAUGGUCUAUACGACGUUUGCUGGGAAUUUACCUAAUGAUUACUGGUGCUUCGAUGGCAAAUCCCAUUCAUUUGUAGCGAAAGGCUUCUAGCGAUGUACUCAAUACGUAUUCUACAACUCACUGUGCAAUAAAGACAACGCGGCCUUUAUCCUGGCGUUUGGCCGAGAUUUCUACUCAACAGAUCCUUAGCUCCAGUUGUUUUGCACUCUCAAAUCCUUUGCUAAAAUCUUUUCAUCAUCUUAACACUGCGGAUCAGCAACAACGAGGAUUAACAGAGAGUAGAAGAGAAACUCAAGACUGGGUUUGGAGACUGUCUUGUCGCCUUAUCCACACUCAUUAUGAGCGAACUGUUCCUGAAUGCGACAAACAGCAGCGAAGUGGGCGACAUGAUUCAAAUGGAUAGCGUUGAAUGGCACGCAAAGCUGGUUGCCCAUAUCAUCAUCUUGAUCACCUCACUAGUCGGCAAUAUGCUUGUUCUCUCUGUAAUCCGCGGUAGUCAACAAAGGCGAAGGCGCAAGACGCCGUACGAACUCUUCAUCGCAAAUCUUGCCAUAGCUGACCUCACCUACAUCAUCGUGUACUUUUUAGCGAUGUACACGGAUGGAACCAAGCAUGCAUUCUUCUGCAUAUUCAUGAGCCCUCUGGUGACCGUAACCUCGACUGUGAGUAUGCUAACAUUAACGGCAAUGGCAGCCUUCAGAUGCAAAGCCAUAGUGAACCCUUUCAAAGCCAAGUUUUCCAACAAAACAGUGUAUCUGACUAUAGUCUCGCUAUGGGUGAUAGCCUUUGUGUGUGUGAUUCCAUUGUAUAUAGUGCUAAAAGUCGUGGAUGGGCAAUGCUUGGAGCUGUGGCCGUCACAAAGCCUAAACAAGGCGUACACUCUUGCGCUCUUCGUCAUAGAGUACGUCAUCCUUAUGUUUGUCAUCAUCUUCUCGUACACUCGAAUUGUGUUCUACCUGCGUCGGAAUAAGAUCCCGCGAACGUGCUUAAACGAGAGCGGACGGGUGAGUCAAAAACGCCGCAAGGAUGACCAGGAAGUAUCCAAGUCCUUGGUGGUCAUUGUCAUCUUGUACACCAUCCUAACACUGCCCCAUCACUUGGGCUGGAUCUUUAGCGAGAUCUUUGGCUUAAAGGAUGUCGCCAAAGUUAUAUUCCAAUUCUCUGGCACGCUGCUUCUCGCUCACAGUUGCUGUAACCCGUUUGUGUAUGGCUCGUUCGCACGCAGAUUUCGCAGGGGUUACCUGCGUUGUUUGACGCGCAUAUUAUGUUGCGGAAAGCGCUCUAAAGAAGGAAAGAGGCGAUGCAGGUAUCUAACAACAAGCAGCGAGUCGUCUGAUCGUCAGACGAACAUGUCCGGGCACAAUAUGAGCGCUAAGGAACUUCUCUCCAGAAAUACGACGCUGCGGACUACGAUGAUGGAAUCGGACACUGACAGCGACCGCAAACAUCACUACGAAAAACACUAACGUGCUUGCAAGAUAAAUAAAUAACUACAUAAUCACAUACAAUACCCAGGGCAAUCACGAGCUAAGUGAAGAUUAUUAAGCAUUGCACCUUAGAGACCCACUUUCCAAUGUGGCUCAAAUACGAAAAUAACAAGAGCCGGACGUACAUGAACAUUGUACUAAAGUUUGGAGAAAGUGUAACAACGAGCUUCUUAUCUCCAAGGGAAGACAACAAAAGCAGUUGCAAGCAAAUCUAGCAAAAAAAAAAAACAGCAUUAUAAAGAAUACGAGCCUAAAAACAGUGGUACUGACAACGAACCACAAAAUACCAACGAGUUUAUUACCUUAAGCAGUAUUACAGAUGUACAAUACAACCUCAAGGACUUUGCGAUAUUAAUGCAAUACACCCAUUAUUGGCUUUAAAAUACGCGGGUUUAUAAUGGUCAUAAAGCAUAAACUUUAGGGGUUGAUAAAGCCAUGGAUGAAAUAUCCAUUUGUGCUGUUGACAUAUUACUACAAUAUCAAGAACGCUACGAUAAGGCAGCAUUCGCAAUUAGCAUAACGCAGAUAUAGGCAGCUGAUUUAAUUAAAGGUAAAUAACUGUACAUAGUAUUUAAAUGACCCGCAUCAUAUAAUAGAAGCAAGUAAAAAGAAAACCAUUGUCAAGAUAGUUCUUUUUAUCGGCGCAUCACUUGCUUAUUAACCUCGUGCGGAUUGAUAACAAUGUUCCAGCAUUUCGCAAAUAGUAGGCGCACAAAAAACUAAUUAAGUAAAGUUAUAUCAUAUUUUGUUUAGGGUUCCCAGAAGGGAUUUGCAUAAAUGCGGCAAAUGAGAACACUUGUGUUUAUAAAACGAAGUUUUCUGUUUUAGUCUCUUAACGUAUCCCUUGGGGCCAGCCUAAGUGAAGCGUAUUGUUGUUACAAUCCGUGCCAUGAAAGUUGGCUUGGAUUUGCGUUUUAUUCAAUAAUGAAGAGUGGGCGACAGUAGAUCCCACUUCUGACACCAUUUUCCUUUUCUGUACGUGGUUACUACUAAGAUCGACAUAUUUGUACGUUCUGUAGUAAGCAAGUAGUUUUUAAGACAAAGAAGCAAAAUUUAAGGAGGUAUUCGGCGCGGUUCUCUCAAAGAACAAUCAGAAAAGCGCGAUAAUCGCUAAUCGUACACAUUGAAAGAAUAAAAUAGAUGAAAAGGCUGAUUCAGUCAAGAAUUUGGGUAUGCCGUGUCAUUGAUCUAUUGACACUAGCCUUAUUUAAUGUGCCAAAGACGGGCGACCAUAAAACACUUCCUAUCUUCAACAGCGACUGAUUAAAGACUGUAGACUUUGCGGCCCUGGAUGUUUUAUAGACGGUAAUAAAAAAGAAAAGCCAGCGGCAAAAUCAACAGAUCAGUAAAGGCAGUGGAACAUUACUUGCCCAAUCACAGAUCGUAAAGAAAACGCCUGCAGCUAAUUAACCAAUCAGAUUCCAUGACAGCCACACAAUCAAUUAGAUGGCAUGUUCGCGAUACCUAACAGCUCGCUGUUCAAAGACACUAGAUAAAAAAACACCGCAAGUCAAAAAUUAUUACUCUUUCCCGAUUAUCAGCCAAUAACAAAAACACAGCGUUCAUUAAUUGUGCGGUCAGAUUUCUUUAUGUCAGCAUGCGAUCAAAAAGUGUAGUCUGAAAACCCUAAUUAGACAUCCUUCGAGUAGAAGCGUCUAGGAUAUUCAUAAACCUGUCGAAGGCUUAUCGCGCAAAGAAGGGAACACUCGAACCCGAGUGAACAUCUUCGGUGUGUUGAUAUGCAUCACAAGGACAGGUUUUCAAGGCAGUUUAUAGUUUUUUUUUCACACAUUACUUAUAACAUUGGACCCAGAACAUUUUGUUUUACGGUUUUACGGUUAGCUUUUCACACAAGAUGGAAUUGUCUUUAUCUAAGAUAUGUAGACUUUUAUAUUGUUAUGUCUUCUAAGAAAAAAAAAACACACGUUUAAAUCUGCCGUCAGCGUGAGUGCGAUACGAGAUUUUAAUGGCUACCAAGCGGUUUCCUAAAAAGAACGAUUGACAAUUGCAUGACCCAGAAAUCUAGAAAAAAUUC